UCCGUGGUCAACUCGGCCAUGUUCACUACUUACAACAACUUCACCGUCCCCGGGUCGUCUGGCACUGCGGACACGCUCUACGGCGUGUUUCAGUGCCGCGGCGACCUCAGCGGCACUGACUGCGCGCAGUGCGUGGCGCGCGCAGUCAGCCAGCUCGGCACGCUCUGUCUCGACGCGUGCGGGGGCGCGUUGCAGCUUGACGGGUGCUUCGUCAAGUACGACAACGCCACUUUCUUGGGGGUGGAGGACAAGACGGUGGUGAUGAAGAAGUGUGGACCGUCGAUCGGGUAUGACUCCGACGGGUUGACCAAGAGGGAUGCUGUGCUGGCGUAUCUAGGGACCAGCGACGGGGCCUACCGGCCGUUCAGGGUGAGUGGCGCCGGGAAUGUCCAAGGUGUGGCGCAGUGCGUAGGGGACUUGAGUCCGAGCGAGUGCCAGGAUUGUCUGUCCGACGCCGUAGGGCAGCUGAGGGCGAGCUGCGGGACCAGCGGCUGGGGGGACUUGUUCAUGGCCAAGUGCUACGCGCGCUACUCGGAAGGUGGAUAUCACUCGCACGGCCAUGAUCACAGUGACGACAACGAUGAUGAUGAUGAUGAUCUUGAUAGGACACUUGCAAUACUGAUUGGGAUCAUAGCAGCAGUUGCAUUAAUCGUCGUAUUUCUUUCUUACUUCAGAAAAUAUUUGUGUGGAGAUGACUGUGAUGAAAAAGGUGGAAAAUGAGUGGAGGCUUUGUGGAUAUUUCUGAAAGUAGUACUGCAACUCGCACUAGUCCUUUCCUGGUAUUUAACUUGGCUUUAGGUUUCUUUUCAAUUCAAUUUUUAUUUUUAUCCCUCCAUAGCUCUUCUGAAGUCUGCUUUAUAUUUUCUGUAAAGAGCACAACAGUGAGGGUAGAUAGAAAAAGAUGUGUAUGGAUAGAAAAGCCAUACAUAAAGCUAGCUACUUUGAAGCAAAUGUAUGAAGCUUUCAAUAAGAAAAACAAAAAAGCACAGAAAGAUUCCUACCAGAGCCCCUUUUCAAUUGAGUCUUUAGCAUAUUGUUAGCUCAAUUAGCUUGUUUA